AUGAUUAUGAGGCUAAUUGACAUCGAAAGAAGAAUACAAAGAUUUAGAAAUCAAAAUCAAGCCCACAACCAUAAUCCAACACAGCCACCACCACCACCAACAUCAACCUCACAAAAUGCACUUCAUAUAGACGAAAAUAUGAAGUGUAACAGAUGUGAAAUUACUAUUACCGAGGGGCUACAUUCUAAUUUUGAAUGUAAGUGCAAAAAAUUAGCAAAAAUACUAAUUGCCUAUAGAGCUGGUAUUUUAUUAAGUUCCCUUUGA